GUUAUGCCUAAAAGUUAAUAUAUAUAGUUUUUUAAUUAUAUUUCAUUUGUCAUUAAGAUCAUGCUCAAUAUUACAGCACGAAUAACAUGUUUUGCACGACAGCGAACACCUCCGUCUUCAUCUUCAUUCACUACUACAUUAUCCUCGUCAUCAAUUCGACCACUUGAAGAAGAUUUGAACGAUUCAUCAAAGUCUCCUUUACUUAUUGAUAAACAACAAAUUGAUUUGCCAUCAUUACAUAAUUCUAAGAUGGCUAAUAUACUUGUUCAACAACAAACACUUCGCACACCAAAUAUAAAUAUAAAUAGGUCAACAACAUCACAAAAAGAUACAUCUGGAUUGAUGAGACAUUCUGUAGAUGACAGAUUAUUUUUUCAUGAUUCAACACGAUUAAUAAAUUUAUUAACACGUUUUGCAUCUGAACCACAAAUAUCGAAAUAUCAUAUACAAUCACCAAAUACAAAUGGACAAUUUAAUAAAUCAUUGAGAGAUUUUACUUUAUCAUUACCUAUAUCGAAUUCAUGUUUUAAAUUAAAUGAACCCGAAAAAGACGAAAUUGAUUUUGAUGAUAUUCUUAUGUUUAACUGUGAUAAAAUUCAACCGGUGUCUACCUCUACAACAGAAAAUUUUACCAGUGAUCAAAUAGACAAUAUUAGUUCUUCUACAACUACUAAUUAUCUCUUAGAAGAAAUAAUAACAAUAAAUGAUGAGUUAACAAGUUCACAAUUAAAUAAUGAUCUAAAAACUCCACAAUUAAAUGAUGAUUUAAAUACUCCACAAGUCAAUGAUGAUUUAAUAAGUCCACAAAUAAAUGAUGAUUUAAUAAAUCCACCAUUACAUGAAGAUAUUCUACUUGAGACAAAUUCAUCUACAAAUGAUAAUGAUACACAUUGUGAACGUCAUUUUCGUCGACGAAAAAGACGUUCAUCAUUAACAAAAACUUCAAUAUCUCUUGAUGAUACGCAAGCAAUAACUAAUUUAUUUGAAAAAGUUGAUAUUAAUAAGGAAUCUACACAAGAUAAUAAUGAAAAUAUAAAAUUAAAAGAAAAUGAAGAUAAACCAAAUACAAAACCUAUUGAAAUAAAAAUUUCUGAAUAUCAAGAAUCUGAUCAAACGAUUGAUGAUCUUGAAAAAUCCGCUUCUCUCAGUCGAUAUCGAGGAAGACGAUUAAGACAUCGAUUUUAUCGUCAUGCAGCUGCAUCAUCAUCAUUAAAAGAGGUUACAUCCAAUAUUUCAUCAGAACUUUAUUUACCCAAUGAAACAUGUAAUGUUGAAACACCUACAACUCCUACACAACUUUCAUCAUUAUCAGUAAUUAUGUCACCAAAUUUAUUGACUCAAAAAGUCACUCAAAAUGUAUCAAUGGGUGGUCUUAAACGUGUAGGUUCAAUUGGAUCAACAAAAAAAACUGUUCAUUUUGCUGAUUCUGUUGGUCUUGAAUUAGCACAUGUGCAAUAUAUACAAUCGUCAAUAAAUGAUGAUUCAAAAGAAUUAUCAUUUUUAUUAAGUACAUCAUUUUUAUCAUCGUCACCUCCAUCUUUUACAAAAAAUAAUCUCUAUUUACCAAAUACAUCCAAUGUAGAACAUAAACCAUGGUCAUUUGAUGUUAUGUUAAAACCGAAGAAACCAACAAAUGAUAAAGUAUAUUUAAAAAGAUUUUUUUGUUUAUUUCGUCAACCAGAUUCCGAACAUCCAGAUAUAUUUUUACAUGAAAUAUGGAAAUCUCAAAUAAAAUUAGAACAUGCUGAUAUACCAUUUCAAUCUUCGUCAAUCGGUGAACAACAACUUAUUGGUACAUUAUGGGUUACAAAUAUUAGUUUUUCAAAAUAUGUUUCUAUUAAAUAUACAUUUAAUCAAUGGAUAAAUACAUAUGAAUCUGAAGCUCAACAUUGUCGUUAUUCAAAUGAUUUUCGGAAUAUAGAUCAGUUUCAAUUUAUAGUUAAUAUACCAAAAGAUGUUGAUCGAAUUGAUUUUGUUUUACGUUAUUCUGUUAAUGGACAAGAAUUUUGGGAUAAUAAUGGAGGAAAAAAUUAUACAUUACAAAAUGAAUUAGCACAUACAGCAUCAACAACGAUUUCAUUGCCGCAUGAUUGUGAUUUUAAUGAAAUGAGAUUUUAUUGA